CUUUUAUAUAAAGCAGGCAGAAUGCCUAUCGAAAGCUAGCAACAAGAUUGGAGUUGCGUUAUUGCAUAGCUUUUGUCUAACCAUUUAUGAGAAAAGAAUGAUCGACAAGAAAAUGAUAACUCUACUCCAAGCUCUCGAGGCUAAACCCUUUUUGAUCUUCUUCAUAAUCCCUCUACUUUUCUUGUUCGUUCUAUCCAGAAGAUCAUAUCGACGUAAACCCUAUCCGCCGGGCCCCAAGGGAUGGCCCGUCAUUGGCAACAUGCCGAUAAUGGAUCAACUAACUCACCGCGGCCUGGCCAAGCUCGCCAAGCAAUACGGCGGCGUCUUCCACCUCCGCAUGGGUUUCCUCCACAUGGUCGCCAUAUCCAGCCCCGACGCCGCCCGACAGGUUCUCCAAGUCCACGACAACAUAUUCUCCAACAGGCCCGCAAAUAUUGCCAUCAGUUACUUAACCUACGACAGAGCUGAUAUGGCGUUCGCUCAUUACGGGCCCUUCUGGCGCCAGAUGCGUAAGCUCUGCGUCAUGAAGCUCUUUAGUCGCAAACGGGCCGAAUCCUGGGACUCAGUCAGGGAUGAAGUCGACGGCAUGAUUCGGGCCGUGACGGAGAACACUGGCAGAGCGGUGAACAUCGGUGAACUCGUGUUUGGGCUCACUAAGAACAUCAUAUACCGGGCCGCUUUCGGAUCGAGCUCCCACGAGGACCAAGAUGAGUUCAUCAGGAUCUUGCAGGAGUUUUCCAAGCUGUUUGGUGCUUUUAACAUUGCGGAUUUCAUACCGUGGUUGGGUUGGAUGGAUCCACAGGGCCUGAAUAAGAGGAUGGCCAAGGCCCGGGCUUCGCUGGAUGGAUUCAUUGACAGCAUUAUAGAUGAUCAUAUGCAGAAAAAGAAGUCAGCAAGUGAUGAGACCGUCGUGGUCGAUGCAGAUAUGGUGGAUGAACUGUUGGCUUUUUAUAGUGAUGAGGCCAAAGUUUCGGAGUCGGAGGAUUUGCACAACUCCAUCAAACUCACCAGGAAUAACAUUAAAGCCAUUAUCAUGGACGUAAUGUUUGGUGGUACUGAGACUGUAGCAUCCGCCAUCGAGUGGGCCAUGGCGGAGCUGAUGAGAAGUCCAGAAGACCUCAAGAAGGUCCAAGAAGAGCUCACCAAUGUAGUCGGCCUGGCCCGCAAUGUCGAAGAGCCCGACUUCGACAAACUAAUUUACCUCCGCUGCUGCCUCAAAGAGGUCCUCCGCCUCCACCCCCCCAUCCCCCUCCUCCUCCACGAGACAGCCGAGGACGCCACCGUCUCCGGCUACCACAUCCCCGCCAAAUCACGCGUCAUGAUUAACGCGUGGGCCAUUGGCCGGGACGAGAGCUCAUGGGAAGACGCCGAGGAAUUCAAACCCGCCCGUUUUCUCAGAGACGGUGUCCCCGAUUUCAAGGGAAGCAACUUCGAGUUCAUCCCAUUCGGGUCGGGUCGGAGAUCCUGCCCCGGCAUGCAACUGGGCCUCUAUGCCCUGGAGAUGGCGGUGGCGCAUCUUCUCCAUUGUUUUACGUGGGAACUGCCCGAUGGAAUGAAACCAAAUGAGUUGGACAUGAGUGAUGUGUUUGGGCUCACCGCGCCGCGGGCGGAGAGGCUGGUGGCGGUGCCAAGGCCACGGCUGCUCUGCCAACUUUACUGAAGAGGUUGGGGGAGACACGUCGAAACACGCGGCAUGAGCUCAAAAUUUCGACCACUCGGAAAUGUUCAAAUUUUCACUACUAUUACUACGUGUAUAAGAUUUCUCUCUUAUUUUCUCUUGUAUGUGUUCUAAUGCAUGUUCCAAAUUUUUAUGUCGUCCAUAAAUAUCAAUUAUGGAAAAGCAGAACAAAUAAUUGAUUCAUGAAUUGAACAAAAGAUUGAUGGAAUUAUAUCUCA